AUGGGUUCAAUCACUCCUCAUCAGCGCAAGCACAAGGUGACUGUGGUCGGCUCCGGUAACUGGGGCUGUGCUAUCGCCAAAAUCGUUGCCGAGAAUGCCGCCAGCUACCCAGACCUCUUCGAGGAGAAGGUGGAGAUGUGGGUGUUCGAGGAGAAUGUCGAGAUUGGCAAAGACUCCCCCCACUACAACCCAUCCAACACCGGUCCUCAGAAGUUGACCGAUGUGAUCAACACCUACCAUGAGAACGUCAAGUACCUGCAGGGCGUUCAGCUCCCCCCGAACCUUCACGCAAACCCCUCGCUGGAGGAGUCUGUGAAGGACAGCACCAUCCUGAUUUUCAACCUUCCCCACCAGUUCAUUCUCCGGACCUGCGAAUCCAUCAAGGGCAAGAUCCUCCCGUAUGCCCGGGGCAUCUCCUGCAUCAAGGGUGUCGACGUCGAUGAGAACGGGGCUCAUCUCUUCUCCGAAACCAUUGGCCGGGUUCUUGGUAUCUACUGUGGUGCCUUGUCCGGCGCCAACAUUGCCAACGAGGUCGCCCGGGAGAAGUGGUCCGAGACCACUAUCGCCUAUGCUCCCCCCUCACCUGGACUCCAAAGCCCCCUCGACGCAGGUGUCUCCUUCGCCUUCCCAGACAAACUUGGUCGAGCUCUGCCCUCGGAGUAUCCCCCCGUGGAUCACACUGUUCUCAAGACCCUUUUCCACCGCCCCUACUUCCAUGUGCGUGUAGUCAACGAUGUUGCGGGUGUCUCCAUCAGUGGCGCCUUAAAGAAUAUUGUUGCUAUCGCCGCCGGUUGGGUUGAAGGCAUGGGCUGGGGUGACAACGCCAAGGCGGCUGUCAUGCGUGUUGGCUUGUUAGAAAUGUCCCGCUUUGGAGACAAGUUCUUCGGUGCCACCAUCGACCAGCGCACUUUCACAGAGGAGAGUGCCGGUGUCGCGGACUUGAUUACCAGUUGCUCUGGUGGUCGUAACUUCCGCUGUGCGAAGUACAGUAUCGAGCGCAACCAGUCUAUUGAGGAGGUUGAGAAGACUGAGCUCAAUGGCCAAAGCUUGCAGGGCACUUUGACCGCCGUUGAGGUCAACAACUUCCUGAAGAAGCAGGGCAUGGAGGAGGACUUCCCUCUCUUCACCGCCGUUUACCGUAUCAUGACAGGCAGUAUGAAGGUGGCCGACAUCCCUGCGUACAUUGAGCGGUAA